ACGUGUGAGGUUCUUUAUGGGUUACGUGUGUAGGUGUACGGACCCCGUUCCGCUCGCGUGGAAAGUGAGCGCGGAUGAAAAAUUCGUGACGUGCUUAACUCGUUUGUUCCCUUCUCCGUCUCACCGUUGACCGCAUCUGUAUACUUGUCUCGCUCUCGCGCACGGCGUCCAUUGAAAUGUCCGCGUACUCGUAAAAGAUCGUGCACUAUCAUCGACGACGACGACGACGACGACGACGACGACGUUCGCUCUGCCGUCCCGUACGAGAGAAUUCAGCUGGUGCAGGAGACAAUAAUGCGCAUACCAAGCGCGUGCAGACGGCAGUGCGAGCGACGAUAGCUUUAGAUAACAAAUUUGUUAUAAAUUCAUUCACAUUGCUCUACAGACAGUAUGAACAAUCCUUACCGAGCUAGACCCGCCAGGUCGCGGGUGGAUCAUUCGGCUGCGUAUGGAAUGCAUAAUCAAAAUACAUGGAUGUCUAUGCCGAGGCCUCAAUCGGAUGUUCCGUCAAACGAUGCCACUCAGCAAUCACCCCUCAUGAAUCAAUCGGAAUAUAAUUCGUGGAAAGAUCCCAGAUGGGAUUGGAGUCUUGACCAACAAUCAGAUAUUCAGCAACCGCAGCAGUUGCCACAACAACAGUCGCAACAGCAACAGCAUUACGUGUCUUUUCCUCAGCAUCAGGGACAAUUGAGAUCUAAUUCGGCACAGGACAAUUAUUAUAAGAAUCUCCAGAAUGGCAACACCUCCGAUGUACUUAAUCAGAACUCUGUGUCAGGAAGAAACACGCCUAGAUCGGAACCCCCUCGUCAAACCGGUCCGAAUUACACGGAUCCAUUUUCUUACACGAAUUAUAAUCAAAAUCAACAGUAUCCUUUGCCGCCACAACAAAGCGUCAUUAAAUCGGGUUACGAGCAUAAUCAAUGGUCGAGUGAACAGCAAACCCAGAAUGCAGCGUAUACGCAGCAGAGACUCGUGCCACAGCAAAAUCAGAAAGAUCAACCGUUGCUAUAUCCGCCGCCCGUUACGUCGCAGAAUUUUAAUCGAACCAAGGACGACGCGGCGAACUUGCCGUUGCAACGUAACUGGCAGAAUCAUACCGACAUGCUGACCCAGGAUCAGAACGUGCCGAAAGAUAUGCAACAACACGUCGAUAAUAUGAGCAAUCAAGGUAUGCAAUCAUCGCAGAUGUAUAAUUUGCCUGUCAAGGGGAUUAAUAAGGAACAUUCCAUAAACUGGUCUGCUAACGGACAGCCAGGUAUCAGCGAAGCUGGUAACAGAACGUCGAAUCAGUGGCACAAUCAAAAUCGCGAGACAAUGAUGUCGUCGCAUCUAGUACAAACGAGUAAUAUAGACGAUACAUUUAGUUCUUGGCCACAGAUGGGAAAUGCCAACGUUACACACGAUUGGAGACACUCUAAUGUGCAGACCGAAGUACAUUCUAAUCAGUGGUUGCAGCAAGUAGACAACAACGCGCCCAAAGAGAACGUAUCACAGGACAACAACAGUCCUAGAUUUGCCGCUAACGAGUGGCAAGUCGAUCAACAGCAAAUGCACGCGUCGUUUCAUUACGCUACAGUACCCACGACUACUGUACCUACGACCGUAGAAAAUAUUGUACAUACAAGCGAUAAUAAUAAAGAACAACAAGAAAGUGAGAAGCAAGCAACAACAGUCGCUUCUGCCACGGGUACCGCGUUGUCUCACGAUUCGAUUAAUGUAAAACCGAGCGAUGUUAAACCAACAAUUAGAGACCACAAUCUGAACACGGUGACGGAUGAUACAUCAAAGAUUGAUGCUUUGAAGAACGUUCUUGUCGCGGAAAACGAUGAUUAUCCUUUCGUUUCCACAGUAAACGAGGACUUGUCCAGUAAUUUUGGUCAACUUAAUCUCGGAAACAAGUCGAGCAAGCAUGCGAAUCAUUCGAGCGAAUCGUUGGAAGCAUAUCCGAGUCCCGGUGAUGGGAGAGCUCAACAUUCGGUUGCCAAUUUCAACGUCACAAACAUUCGAAGCAAUUCUAUUCCCGAUAAUAUACCGGUAUUGCCUCCAGAUUACGCUAGCAACAUAGAAAACUCUCACUCUGUCGUCGACAGUCAACCUGUUGUCAGUCAGAAUCAUCAGAUAUCGAAUACAUAUCAGAACGGUGCUACCAAGGUCGGUGCUACCGACAGCGUCUCGCAAAGCGGAUACGAUCAAUGGUACAAUCAAAGCGCGCGCACUACCACGGUGAUUGAAAAUGCGAAAGAGCACACCCGCACAUCGGCCCCGAAUCAAUGGAGCUCUCCCAAACAGAAUGUAGAGAAUUACGAAAACAUUCAACUGACUUCCGAUUUUAUGAACGUCGAAGUGGUCGCGCCCGAUCAUCAGAUCUCGUUACAGGAACGCGACAUUUACGGAUCGCGAGAUUCCAUAAACAAGGAGACUUUGGACAACGAUCCCAAACCGAGCACGAGUCCCAAAGACACGACGAACACGCGUGACUUUCGGGAGGAGAUAAACAACAUCGAGGUGUUGUCGGUGCAACAACAAAUACGACCUCACGCGUCCCUACAGGCGGAACAGAUGCCGGACAAUUACGAGUUCGCUUCGAGUGACAGGAAUACGUUUCUGGAGACCGGCGAGUUGACCGACUCGCAUCAGGAACACGAGCCGACGCCGAGCCAGGACGACGAGAACGACGAAGUGCCUAACGAUAUUCCCUUCCUGCGAGAAGUACCGGGGCAAUCGAGCACCAUAGAUCCACGUAGAAACGAUCCUACGGGUCAGGAACAUCACGUGCAGACCGGACAGUCCCGUCUGUCCGAUCCCAGGAGGAACGAUCCCUCGGGUCAGGAACAAAGCGUGCAGGGUAGAAAUAUAUCCGACAGAGUUGAACGUCGCGACGUACUUCCGGGACAAGAGAGAAACGUUCCUUUGUUGUUGCGGGGCGAUGCGGAAACGCUGGAACGACGAAACGAUCCUUCGGGCAGGGAGCGUUCACUGCCGCCUCAGCAAUCGCGUAACGAUCCGUCGGGCGAGGAGAGAUAUCAGUUGCAGUCUCAAAUAAUAAUGUUGGAACCGAGCGAGACUCGCGAGGUGCUCGGCAGAGGCAACGAACCCGAAGAGACCGCGCAGCAAACGGAUACGGAACUCAGACAAAUACCAGGCGGAGCGUCAUCGAGCGACGUCACCCAGUUGUCCGACGACAACAGGAUGACGACCGGCGGGAGAGUGGUAACCGGUUCUCCGCCGGAGAUUCUCCCUCCGAUCUCAACGAUUCAGGACCAGACCAGCGGCGAAUCGCGAAGCAAACGCGAAGAAGCGGUGGGUGCGUCGCAGGAAAGUGAAAACCAGGGUGUUUCCGGUUCCGCGGGAAAUCGUCGGGAUUCCUACGAGGACGAGGACGACAAGGGUUCUCGCAACAGUCGCGACGAGAACAGGGAGAGACGACGGGAGGCCAGUCCCGAUCGUCGACGGAAUGAAUACGAUACGAAGAACGCGUACCACGAUCGCGAUCGCGAAUACGACGACGAGUACUAUUACGAUCGACGUCGUGUGAGCGACAACGAUCGUCAAUACAACGCGCGCGAUGAUUUCGAACGUCGUGACGUCGGUACGUAUCGGGACGACGAUCGCAAACAUCACAGUCGCGACGAUUUGGAUCGAUACGCAAGAGAAGACGUGGACAGAAGAAUCCGAGGGAAAGAGGAUCCGGACGAGAGGGACGGCAGAAGAAGAUUGGACGAUCGUAGAAAAGAUCGCGACAGAAGGAGAGAUGACAGACGACCUCGAAGAUACAACGAUUACGAUAUCAAAGAUCCGUACAGGAGAGAUCAUGAUGAUCGAUACGGAAGAGGUUCCAGACCUUCGAGUAGAUCUUCCUACAACGAUAGGGACUGCGACUACUACUACCCACCUUAUGGUUACGGAUAUGGAUACAAUGCUCAUUACGAUUAUCACGCGUAUCACGCGUACGCUAGGUACGCCGAGUGGUACAACAUGUACAGUCAGCAUCAACAACAACAAAUGGCUAGGGGUGUUAGCAAUUAUCCGGAGGACAGAGCUAGUGUUCAUUCUGGCCGUAGUUCCUGCGACGACAGAACUGCUGGUGAUAAACGGACAUUGGGUGAGAUGUCAACAUUGGAAGAUUCAACUAUUACUUCCGCUCAGUUAACGCCAACUAAAUUCUUCACAUCUCACGCAUAUGGAUGCUUUUCCAUUGGAUCUUUGGUUCAUGUUCCUUUGAGCUAUCCGGCUGACGGCGAGAGGGCCAAAGUGGACAUUUUUCGCUUGGAUAACUUGCUCUCGCACGAUCCUCUCGUGUGCGAGUUACGAUCAUAUCUGGGACCGCUAAUUACUGGUGUAACACACAAGAAGACUAUCAUAGAAUAUUGCGAAAAUAAGAUCAGGAAAGCACUGACGAACGAGGAAAUGAAUUAUCGCGCAUCGUACAUUCUUUUAUACGAACUGAUGAUUAUGCUUAUUCAACAAAAUGGGAAAGUGGUCGGAGUCGAUAUCGCUGCGCUCUUGCUGCGCAACAAGGACGCUUAUAACGACGGGAACAAACUCAAGUCUCAAACCGUAGGACGCAGGGAGUCGCAAGCGUCGCAAAGAUCCAGCGCUACGGGCGGUGACGGAAGUACUCAGGACAUAUCCUCGUUGUCCGACAAAACGGAAAUAAAACAGCGAAAAACAGUGGAGGAAAUAACAGACGAGUACAGGGACACGUUGCUUUACGGGCGAAUACAAGAAGCAUUAGAAUAUGCGAUGAACGAGGGACUUUGGGGUCAUGCUCUUUUCCUGGCCAGCAAAUUGGACAAGCGCACGUAUGCUUCCGUUAUGAUUCGAUUCGCAAACAGUUUACCACCGCACGAUCCGUUGCAGACUCUCUAUCAGCUGCAUUCUGGGCGCGUACCCGCCAUAGUCACGUGCGUUGCCGAUUCACGUUGGGAGGAUUGGCGUCCUCACUUAGCUAUGAUUAUUUCCAACACCUCAUCAAAUCCGGAAAUUAAUCGCCGCUCGAUAACAACUCUCGGAGAUACGUUGUUCGGAAGAGGGGACAUCUAUGCCGCACAUUUCUGUUACAUCCUCGCGCAAAUCGAGUUCGGAUCUUACGGAACAAACGGGGUCAAACUCGUGUUAAUCGGCGCGAAUCAGAAUAAACCCUAUUCUGAAUUUCUCACAAACGAAGCUGUCAUGUUGACGGAGAUCUACGAAUACGCUCGCAAUCUCAGCGAUUCGAGUUUCACGCUGGUUGAUCUGCAAACAUUCAAGUUUGAUCUAACGCUAAAAAUGGUGGAUUGCGGUUUGAUAGAGAAAGCGCUCUUAUAUAUUGAACAGAUUGCAACGAAUAUUGCGAACGAACCUUCGAAAUAUAAGAAAGCUUUCAUCAGAUCGGUUUAUGAACUUGGCGAUCGGUUGAAGUAUCACGAUCCGGUCUAUAAACACGCUCUGGAAGAUGUUUCCAACGUGAAUUUAGUGUGGCUUGAAAAAUUGGAGGAAAUAAUCGGCAAGUCUCAGGACGAAUCGGUUGCCAAAGGUGAAUUGUACGGUGCUCGCGUAGAUUCUUACGCGGCCGUGGAAAGACACGAUGUUCACGAAAUGAAGCAACAAUCGUUGCCGCCGAUGUCGCAACAACAAUGGACCGGCGCUCAAUCCGAAUACAGCGACGAACCCACGAUGAUGGCGGAAACCAGUACCGCCGAUUUGCAGACGAUCAGACAGCCGCUAUCUUUGCCCGCUAAUAUUCAAGACACGUACGAUCCGAAUGCGCAGUAUGUGAGAAACAUGGACGAGUCUGUGCAAUACCAGUCGCAGGAUUAUUGGAAUCAACAGCCGUUUUAUCAGGGCAAUUACGGGAGAAACGAACCUAAUAUGCCGCCUAACAACUGGCAGCAACAACAAUCAAUGCCGAGUUUGACCGCCGAACAGAUCGAGACCGAUAACUUGCAGCAGCAAGACAAUUGGAACUAUGAGGCGGAAAAAGAAGACAAAACGCCAACUCCUGAACCUGUGCAGCCAAAAAUCACCAUGACGCCGUCGUCGACGAGCAAGCAGUACGAUCCUCUGGAAGAACUUGACGCGCUUGAAACACCGAGACCGAGUUCGAAACUCUCGAACGAAACAAAGAAAGCGAGCGAGAAGACGGCCGAAAAGAAACCCGUCAACAGCGGCGGUUCCUGGUUCGGUGGUUUGAUCAGCAAAUUCGCCCCGAAACCGAGAAACCAAAUGAUAUUGCCGGACGACAGCAAUCCGAAGAUUGUAUGGGAUCCAGAAACGAAGAAGUGGACAAACAAAGAUGAGGACAGUGACAGCGGUGCCGCGGCAUUGGCGCCACCCCCGAAGAUGUCUGACAUCAGUUUUCGUACGCCGACAACGAUGACGGAACGUAAUUUGCAACCGCCGUCUUUAUCGAGCGCUCACAAUGAGGACGCACCUGCGGCGGAGGUUCCAAAAAUGCCUACCGGCAGCAAUAUGUACAAACUGCCGAAGAAUAGGAGUAUGCGCGCCAAUUAUGUAGACAUAAUCAAUCCCAACGGGCCGAAAGGUAGCGCAUCAUCCAACAUGCCCACUCCCAUGACAUCUCCGCUUGUUCCUAUGGCUACUUCGUCCCCGCAACUGUUCGUUCCUGCGCCAGUUAAUGAUUCGACCGCUCCCGUGGAUUUCUUGACUCCGGCAACAACGACAGCACAACCAUCCGGAAACGUCGCGGAGAAUACACCACAAACUCUCUCUCGCUGGAGCUCAACUAGCUCGUUAUCACGAGAGGUGCAGAGCUACACGAUGAGGGAUCCGCGACUCCUUCAACGGAACAAGGGACCAAUGAUGUUCAACCCGAGUGACAUAAAGGAUCAUUCGGUGAAGAAUAUGCCACCCAACAGAUAUCCUCCACGAUAAUUGUUGCGAGCAUUUGCGCAGAUAGUUUGUUAUUCAAAUUAGGCGAUUUUUCUUAGAGAAUUAUAUUGCGCAGUCGCGUGUAUAAUGUGACUUUUCAUUUCUCUAGAAACCGUGAAUAUUUUCUUUGGAGUGUUAUGCGCAACCGUACGAAUUUAUAUUGUAUACGGCUAAUCUUUUUGAGAUGGCGAUAUAUAUAUAUAUAUUUGUUUAGAUAAACUUCUUCACACGUUGAAUUCCACUCGAUUGUUUUAUUGUUAACAUCGCGUAACACAGCUCUAGAAGACAAUGCGUUGUAAAAUAAUACUUGGAACGCGCGAUGAAAAUCGAAGGGAACGAUAAAAAGUUCUCCUUCCGUAAAAAAAUGACGAAAAAGAUUUUAACGACGCAAGGUAAUGGAAAACUACUGUAUUUUGUUUAUUAAAUUAGAAGCUUCUCUGUUGCUCACUUUUUCGUAAAAAAAAAGAAAAAAAAAAAAAGAAGAAGAUUAACCCUUGAUAAAUUUCGCGGAAUGUUUAGAUGCACAGUGCAAUAGAUUUGUGUAAAAAAAAAAAUUAUACAUAUAAUAUUAUAUUAUUAUUGUAUGUAUAUUUCUCUCUGUUUCUUAUUAUAUUUUAGAAACACGUAUUUUUUCAUCAAACCUAUUUAUUACCUACCUACGAAUUCAAUUCGCGAACAGGUAUGUGAUCAUCGGUAUGUUAUGUGAAAAUACGCGAGUGCAUUCCCGUAAUAAUAUUUGUGCUUUAUAGUUUUUGUUAGCGCGUUAACAUCGCGCAGCAUCAGAAUCGACGAGCGAAGAUUCGAGUUCUACGAUUCGAUCGAAUCGGAAACGAAAAAAAGUAUGAGACUCUAUUCAAGAGUUACAAUUAAAAUUUAGUCGGUCAUCGAAAGAGUGUAUCUUGUAUUACGGAGAGAGAGCGGCGAAAGGGGAGAUCGUAGCGCUAAUUGUAACUUAUCGUAGAAUAUUUGUUACACGGCCUCAUACGUGCUGUAAUUUUAAGUCUGAUUUUAUAUAUCAAAGGAAGGAGAGAGGAACAUUAAAGGCGCCGGUAAAAAUAUGAGAUGUUAGGGAUAUGAAAAAUUUUAUUCGACGAUACGGAAUAUAAUGGAAAUAUUGUUUUAUGUCGGAUUAUAUACAUACAUAU